CGGAAGCUGUGACCAUGACUACUGAAGUAGGCUCCGCAUCUGAAGUGAAGAAGGAAUCUGAUCAGUUAGGAGCAGAUGCAACCAAGGAAAACCCGAAAGAAGUAGCAGAAAACCAGCAGAAUCAGUCAUCUGAUCUAGAGGAGGAAAAAGAUUCCCAGGCAUCUCCUCCAGCUAAGAGCCAAAGUAGCCCACGCCGCCAGAAGAGGCAGAAGGAUCCAUCUGAGAGUAGGGGCAUUUCUCGAUUCAUACCCCCGUGGCUUAAGAAACAAAAGUCCUAUAACUUAGUAGUGGCCAAAGAUGGAGGAGAUAAGAAAGAGCCUACCCAUGCUGUUGUGGAAGAGCAGGUUUUGGAUAAAGAGGCAUCUCUUCCUGAAGAAGAAAGGCAGGCCAAGGGUGAUGCUGAAGAAGCAGCUCAGAGAAAACAACAGGUCAUUAAAGUUGACGUCGAGGAAGAGAAGCCUUCAGGGGGCAGUCCUGAGACACAGCCUGCUGAAGAAGUGAGGAAGGAGAGAGAGGAGGAGAAGGUAAAGGAAAUACAGGAAGAUAAAUCCGAAGCAGCAGCAAAAAGAGAGACAAAGGAAGUACAGACCAAUGAGCUAAACUCAGAGAAGGCCCCUCAGAAAGCCACCAAGAAGACCAAAACUGUCCAGUGUAAAGUGACCCUCCUUGAUGGCACCGAGUACAGCUGUGACCUGGAGAAACGUGCUAAGGGACAAGUGUUAUUUGACAAAGUGUGCGAACACCUCAACCUCUUGGAGAAGGACUACUUUGGACUUUCAUUUCAGGAAAGCCCUGAGCAGAAAAACUGGCUAGAUCCUGCAAAACAAAUAAAGAGACAACUGCGAAAUCUCCCCUGGCUGUUCACUUUUAAUGUGAAGUUCUAUCCUCCUGAUCCUUCUCAGUUGACUGAGGAUAUCACCAGAUACUUCCUGUGCCUUCAGCUUCGGCAGGACAUUGCCUCUGGCCGCCUGCCCUGCUCUUUUGUGACUCAUGCCCUCCUGGGAUCUUACACACUACAGGCUGAACUUGGGGACUAUGACCCUGAAGAGCAUGCCAGUCAUGACCUCAGUGACUUCCAGUUUGCCCCCUCCCAGACGAAGGAACUGGAAGAGAAGGUGGUAGAGCUGCAUAAAACCCACAGGGGCUUAUCUCCAGCACAAGCUGAUUCUCAGUUCUUAGAAAAUGCAAAGAGGCUUUCCAUGUAUGGCGUUGACCUACAUCAUGCCAAGGACUCAGAAGGCGUGGACAUCAAGCUGGGUGUGUGUGCUAAUGGGCUCCUCAUUUACAAAGACAGACUGAGAAUCAAUCGUUUCGCUUGGCCGAAAAUCUUGAAAAUUUCCUAUAAGCGCAGUAACUUCUACAUUAAAGUUAGGCCAGCAGAGUUGGAACAGUUUGAGAGCACCAUUGGAUUCAAACUGCCAAACCACCGGGCUGCAAAAAGGCUAUGGAAAGUGUGCGUGGAACAUCAUACUUUUUACAGGCUUGUGUCUCCAGAGCAGCCACCAAAGGCCAAGUUCCUGACCUUGGGAUCCAAAUUUCGCUACAGUGGCCGCACCCAGGCCCAGACCCGCCAGGCAAGCACCCUCAUUGAUAGGCCAGCGCCACAAUUUGAACGCACAUCUAGUAAGCGGGUCUCCAGGAUUCUAGAUGGAGCUGUAGUUGGUGGUGUGGACCAAAGUCCUAUGAAGGAUUUUUCUGGCCCUGCUGGGGAGGUUUCAGCAUAUGGCCGCGGAGUUGUCAGCACUGCCAUGGUACAAGAUGGGGAUGGCAGGAGGGACAUCAGAAGCCCCACCAAAGCCCCACAUGUGCAACUCACUGAAGGAAAGAAAAAUUCCUUGAGAGUAGAAGGGGAUAAUAUUUAUGUCAGACAUAGCAAUUUAAUGUUGGAGGACCUGGAUAAGGCCCAGGAGGACAUACUGAAACAUCAGGCUAGCAUUAGUGAACUCAAGCGCAAUUUUAUGGAGUCCACACCUGAGCCGCGCCCUAAUGAAUGGGAAAAGCGACGUAUCACACCUCUGUCCCUGCAGACGCACGGGAGCCUAGAAGAGGAGAUAACAUCAAUUUUGUUUAGUGGGAAGGGCUUUUCUGGUAGCGCGAAAGCCUUCACCUCAGCCACCACUCGGACAGCAGAGGGCACUGCUGUGAACUGUAGUGCUCCUCCUGAACCGCUUUCUUCCUCACCCUCCUCACAGUUGCCUGAGGUGCAUUUUACUUUGUUUCCCGUUUUUAAAAGCCACAUAUGAGAGUGAUUUUUAUUUCUGAGAUAUUCGGGAACCCUUCCCUUCAGUGCUAUCAUUGCUGAAAUUAAUUCUUCCUGGGAGAAACACUCAUGAAAUAAGGACUGAAUUUGGACAUAAGGAAAGGAUACAGAUUGGAUGUUCUCCUGCUGCUUUUGCCCCCCCCUCCCCCAAAUCUGACUCGAUUCAGAGAAUCAUUUAAACCACUAAUGCCUAGAUUUGGAGUUGUUCUGUGGAGGGAAGCCCUCCACCAAGUAUAGAAACUGAGUAUGCUUUGCAGAAUUAAAAGUAUUCAAAGCCCAAAUGUCUUUCAGGCAUCUUCUGAUGCUUAUAAUUUAAAAAAUUCUCUUUACAUGGAAAAACUUGAGGUGCCUGCCAUAUUCAGUGAAAUAAUUGUUUUCCUUUUUUGGAAUGAACCUAAGGAAUUCCCUGAACUUGGGCAGAACCCAUCCUACCAUUUGAAGUUAAGUAAUAAUAAUAAUUCACUGACCUGCAAUAAUAAUGAACAUUUAGGUACUGUAACUGAACAGGAGUAAAUUUACUCCCGGAAGUAGACGACUGCAGGGGGGCAUGGGUGAGCAUCUCAGAUAACAAAGUUGGUUCAUUUCGGUUUUCAAAGGUGCUAGUGGAGGAGCUAAACUCUAAGAGAAAACACCUGGCGGCGUCAUUGACAUCCACCCUGAUGUCAUGAUCCCCCUUUUGCUGAUCUCUAGUACAGAUGGGAUGUUAGCCAUUUCUGAAACAACAUUUUUAUGUUAAUAGUUGUCUUGAGACCAACUAUAAUUUUGCCAGUGGAAGCUGUGUUUUUAACCAAACAAAGGUUCCAUCUUAUUAAUACUAUAUUUCUUUCGGAAUCAGGGUAUCAGGAAGGCUGUAUAGUCUAAGACCGAAACUGUUUUUUGAACAGGUUUUAUAAACUUAUACUUUAAAAUAUAAUCAGUAAACUUUGGUAUAAUUCCAGUUUUUCCCCCACCUUUUCAACUAUUUAAGUAGAGCUUAUAGGCAUACCUAUAAUAAAAGCUCUUUACUUCUUUGGGAAGACGCUGGCUGUUUUGUGUUUUUGUGUCCUUUUGUAAGCUUUUUGCCUCUGUCUUGAUUGUCUUUCAUGCGACCUUGAGCCAAGUUUUGUGGCUGUCAGUCCGUCCUGUUCUGUCUCCGCAGUGUCAGGUGUUUGUUUUGGUGGGUGUUGAGGUAAAACUGUAUUGAUUUUGUGUCCUCGGUUGCUUUUUGUUCCGCAGAAACGCUCUCCCGAGUCCGAAGGGCCUGGCGCUGGAGCCGGCGGUGCCGUUAAGGUUCUCCCCCUCCCCCGUUAACACCAUUGCCUGAG